AUGAAUACAAAAUUACUCAAAGGAACUGCUAGAGUCAUAACUCCCAAGUCUCAGGCAGUGAAUGGAUUGCAUAAGAAACCAAAAACACGCGCAUCAACAACAAUGACUUCCAAAGAUAAAAUUGCUGAAAUGGAAGACCAAAUUAAAAGAUUAGAAGCAAAGCUAGCAAAAACAAAACGAGAAUAUACAUUACUUACAGGAGCGAUGACAAGUUCUUCACAAAGAAGAGACUUAUUUUCGGAUUUUCAAAGUACACUUGACCAAUUCAGUUAUAAAUUGCAAGAACGAUCUAACAGACUAAAGAUGUAUGAGGAAAACGUUAAUACAUUCCGCCAAGAAGAUCAUGAAGAAAAAGACUUGCUUAAUCUCAGAGGAAUUCAAUUUUCAAAUAAAGAAAAUCAGCAGACAGAAUUAAUAAGAGAAAAUACUAAACUAGUUAGCCAAGCGCUUGCUCAAGAGCGAAUUUUACUCAUUUUAAAGAUGAGAUUGAGAUUAUGUCAUGAUCACAGAGAUUUUGAUGAGUUAAGAAGCGUUCUUAAUAAGCUAAUGGGCGGUGGUAAGGAUUUGGAUGAAGAUCAGAUCAUUGUUAAAAAAUAUAAAUCUAUUAUUAAUACAAUUAAACAGCAUAAGCAUGAAGAGAAAAGAAGGAUCCAAGAAUUGCAGCAACCAUAUAACGUAGAAAAAGAAGCUGCAAUUAUUAUACAGAAAACAUUUAGAGGAAAGUUGGAAAGACAAAGAUUACAGAGAGAAAAGGCAGAACAGGCUGCCAGUGCUAAAGAAAACUCAUCAAAACCUAGUACUGCUGGUACUAAUAAGUGA